UAUUUUACGUGGAGACACGAGGAGAAUGUGCAGCAUGGCGCUACUGGACCAACACAGAGCACUCAAGUUUCUGGAGAAGAUUGGAAUAAUAGAGGGAAAAGCACUUCUCGCCCAAGACCCGGUGCUCUUUCUCAAUACCAUAAUUCGUUCCUUUACGACUCAUCUACCUUUCCAGUGUGUGAGCCUGAUGGCACAGGCAGAGGAGGAGCGACAUGUGCCCAGCCUGGAGGAGAUAAUAGAAGCUGGGCUCAGCCUGGAGGGAGGAUUAUGCUUUGACCUCAACGUUUUCAUGUACAUCCUCCUUAGUGCCUUUGAGCUUAAAGUACAUUUUCUCGAUGGAUCAUACAGUGCAUCGAAGGAUCUUCACACUCAUGUUGUUGUGCUUGUUAAGGACCUCAGGUGUCCUGGGGAUGAUCAUUUCAUCGACGUAGGGUGCGGCCAUCCUUUCCUGGAGGCAGUGGCCGUGAACAGUUUGCCAGUCACAUUCUAUCAAGCCGGUCUCAAGUAUACCUAUUGUAGAAAGGGUGAUCUGGUGCUCCGUCUCCACCACGAUCAUAACCUUGGAAAUGAUCCGGCUGUGAUGGUGGGAGAAUUGCGUCAAUUUUUCCACUUCUCGUUAAACCCUGUUGACCUUAAGUUCUUCUAUUCAAACAUGGACAAAGUCUACAUCAGCGAGAAAAGGAGCGUCUUCCUACAGGGAAUACGUGCUGUCAGGUUCCCACAAGCAGAUUCAUUGCCAACGAAGGAACUCAGUACACUUGGAGGGGCAACUAGUAUUGCUAAUGAAAAUUCUGGUAUUUGUGAGCAUGAGUCAAAUCUACAAAGAGAGGAAAAUAGCUUGAAUACAAAAGAUUCAGAAACACUAAGUGAAAAUUCUUUGGAAAUAUUGGGUGACAUAGCAAAAAAUGCAUGUAAACCUGAGAGCUCAGAGGGUGAAGCAGAGGAUAGGGACUCUGCAGAACAUGAAAGGAUCAUGGUGGCUAUGAAAGAUCAGAGUCUUCUGCUGGGUCGGAUAGAUGCAGCCAUCAAGACCAAAGUGAGUGUAGAUGAAUGGACUGCCACAUUGAAGCACUACUUUCCUACCAUCCCACCAGCCAAGGUAGACCUUGCUGUACAUAGGAUGGUCCAGAAACUUAACCUUCAGUGAUGAUGGAACUCUCAUCUUAGGUUUAUUCAUCAUUCUCUUGCAAAUAACUGUGUCACAUCUUGAGAAAACAAAAAUUUAAUUUUUUUGCAAUGUGUCAGGAAAUUUUUAAAUAUAUCCUUGACCAUAUGGGUUUAGAACUUCUUUCCUGACAAGCUGAGUUUUCAGUACCUUUACAAACCAGUUUUUAUUUUUUUUUUUUUUGAUGAGGAUAAAUUCCCACUUUCCCUUUAUGGGUGUCGACUGAUAAUGUACUACUUUUUAACCAACCUGCUAUUUAUUGUUGGAAUAAUUAUACAGUACCUUUUGUGCUUAUUUGAUUCUACUGUCAAUUGAUUGUAUUUUAAUAAUAACUGUUCUUGAAAUGUGAAGUGAUUAUUCCUCUUAAGAGUUUUUAGAUCAGUUUAUUUGUUGAGGAUUAACUAAUGAUUCAAAUAAGAGAACAGAAUUUAAUAAAACUGCAAAAUGUGCCUGGUAAUUAAUUUAUUUUUACUAAUGGACUCAGCUCUUAGGAAGAAUGAAUAGACCAAGAGACAUACAAUACUUUUGACCCCAAAUUUACUGUUAUUGUAUUAAUCUCUACAACAGGGUUACAAUGUAAACCAGGAUUGCCAGCACCUGGGGAAGAAUAUAGAAUGCUUUUUUAAAUAAUUUUCCCUUUAGAUAUCUUUACCUCCAAUUGCUCAAUUUCAACAGUUAAAUUACAAUUAUAAACAAUUAAAAACCUGAAAUUUAUUAACCUAAUAUUAUUUCUUUGUAUGAAAUAUGUCGAGUAUAUAGGUCAUACAAUUAUACAGUUCACUACAGUAAACCCUCGAUAAAACGAAUAUCAGCUGAAAUGAACAAAAAAAAUCUAGCUGGACGAAGGCUGCACAUGACCAUUUAAUGGGGCGUCUUAAUUAAAAUAGCCAUGAAAUGGACAUCAUCAUCUAUAUUGCAUGGCUGUCUGGUCCAGUCAUACCCUUGACACAAUGAACCAACUCCACUUAAUCACAGAUUUGUCCAGUCCAGGCUACAUCUAUUUUUAGUUCCAGAGCAAUGGAGCCAACGAUACGGCCCACGUCAAUUUGUUAUUGUCUGUGCGCAGGCUCACAUGCCAUCGUCGUUUUGUCUCCAAUUUUCCCUGGAUUUAGCGUUUUUAAUCGUUCUACAAAUUAUUCAGUACAGUGUAAUUAAUAAUGGCCUCAAAAACAAGUGAUGGUCCCAAGAAAAAACGUGAGACUUUCACUGUUAGGUAGAAACUGGAAUUAAUAAGGAAGCUGGAGGCUGGCAUUUUACUGGCCCAGGUAUAUGAAGAGUAUGAUAUAGCAAAACAGUC